GUUUGUCUGUACUGUCAUUGUCUGUCAUUCAGUUCAGCGAGUUCACGUUUGUUUACGAUUUAUUUUGAAAAUAAAAUGGAAGUCAACGAGUUAUUUACGAAACUAAAAGAACUUGGCUAUACUAACACGAAACGAGCGGAACUGCGUGAACUAUGCAAUCAAAAAAUUGAUCAGAUAUUGAAGUAUCUACCGCGACGAAUUCUGAACAGCGAUGGGAGUAAAAUAAUUGAUUGCCUGUUUAAUGGAUUUUCAGACAACACUCCAUCGUAUCGGUCUAAACUCAAGGUGAUUGACAUAGUCAUAAAGACACUUCGGAAGGAGUCAACAUCUCUGACCCACUGUGGAGACUUAAUCAGUAGAAUAGGAUUGGAACUGGCUAAGGCGCCAGCGAGUGAGCUUGUACAGUGGUGCAAUGAUACAGUCCAGUCCAUUGUGGAUGAUAGUGAUGUUAAUAUGAUAUGGAGAGACAUACUCCCCGAGUGCUUGAACACUCUCUCUGCAGCGGACACAGUGAAGCACUGCGGUACAGACAUGACGUCAGCCGAGUACAGGGAACAGUGCAUCCGGACUCUGUGCCAGUGUGGCUGGAAGGAGCGGCAAUUGGUGCAGCUCACUGCCAUGUUCAAUGACAUACAGCUUCCCCGCAGCGAACACAAGCAGGUGGUGAACAAGAUCUGCACAUACAUCAUGGAGUGCCCGCCAGACACGCUGCCCGCACUUGUCCAUCAGCUGAUAAAGCUAUGCAAAACGCAAGAUUUCGACAUAGUGCUGUCCCACCUGGGGCACUACUUCAGUGCCCAGCUGUACAGCAAACUGGCUCCUCCCACACCAGAUUCGGAAGCUACUACUAUGGAUAUUGAUGAUAUUGUACCUCACAGCCCAGCGGAAGUAAGUCGCUGCCUCUCCACCUGCAUCUACCACAUAGUGGAAGGCAUGGAGAAGCCCCAGCUCUGCAAGGUGCUCCGGGGCUGGCCUCGGUCGCAGUUGCUCCGGGCACCUUUCCUACUGGACCUGGCUUUAGCCCUAUGUGCGGAGAGCGACUGUAGGGCUCUUUGCUUAGAUGUAAUGAAAGCGGGCAUCCUGUCUCGCGAAGCGGACGAGCGCGCGCGCGUGCGGUGCGCGGGCGCGCGCGCCGGGCUGCCGCGCGCCGCCGCCGCCGCCGCCGCCGCCGCCGUGCUGCGCCUCCUCACUACUGAGAGUGCCAGCCACCGCCAACUCACCGUGCUAGGUCUCAUCAGCCUCGCGUUCUCCCUACUGUCCACCCCCCGGGGCCGGCCCCACGCCGCCUCCUGCUGGUCGCUCGCCAAGCUCAUACUGGCGAGGCUUAGCAAGGCGCAGCCGGAGACAGCUCCGCAUAUACUGGCCACGUUAGCGGAUAGAUUGAACACGGCCAACCCACAGAGGCAGUACGCAGAUUGCCUGUUCGUCCUCUGCAAAUUGACCCCCAUCUCGGUGGAGCGCUGCUCCCAACUGAGCGCCAUAUUGGAGAACUGCAGACCGUCGGUGGACUUCAAGAGCUGCGCCCUCGUGCUCGAGGCCGUGCAUCCGCUGAUCAACUUCAGCGCGAGGACGAGGGACUGUCUGUUCAUGGUGUGCAGAAAGGGGAUCAACUCUAGGGACUCGGCGCACCGGCGGCUUGCGCUGUCCGGCUUCCUGACGGUGCUGCGCCACGUGAAGGUGUCCGGGACGUUCAGCAGCAGCCAGAGCGCGUACAGCGAGGACAGCCACGCCUCGUACCUGACACAGCUCACCAUCGUGCACUCCACACAAGCCGGAGCACCAGCGGCGUCUAGUGUGCGCAACGAGUCAGUGUGCCUGGAGGUGGUGUCGGUACUACGGCGGUGCCUUGUACAAGAUGCGGCCGUCAAACAACUGCUUUACACUAGACUGUACGAGUGCGUGAAAGACAAGCCGGCCCUCCACGAGUGCGUCCUCGAGUUUCUGAACGAGCACCUCGCCAAAUAUCUGGAGGAGGACCAAGUGCUUUGGGACAAGUGUGUGCUCAUCAACGGACCCACCGCCGUAUUAGUGGAGCCCAUAUCCCACCUCCUGUACGUGACAGCACAGUUCCUCCAAGAGGACGAGGAGGAGUUGGAGGACAUCUUAGCCAGCCAGGCCGACAACGGCAGCGCCGUGCUACGGAGCAAGCUGGCACUAGACCUGGCGAAGAUCUGUGACAGCGAGCGGCUCGCCCAUAUUGAAGUGGAUGACGUGGGCCUUUCAGACCUGACCCCCGAAUCGAAGGCGAAAACCUUCAAAGUCCAGCAGAUGCUGUCAUCAUACGAGGCGCUGGUCGCCUACCAGCUCAUGAAGUGGGACCGGAGCAGUCCUAAAUCUGCCGGCUCGGUGCUUAAUCUGUUCAAGGGGUACACGCAGUUACUGGAUAAUACCAAGUCAACACCAAAAUUAGGCAAGAAAGGCAGUAAGUCAACACUAAACGAGACGCGAGAAACCGUCAAGUCACAGAAGAGUCAAAAGUCACAGGACAAAGAAAACAGACCGGUCAAGGUGUCAACCUUGACCAAAGACAGAGGUGCACCCUUCAAGACUCUACCUUGUGUGUGGGACCUGAAAGUGUGUCUGCGAGUGAUGGAACUGCUGUAUAGCGAUGAAGUCCCAUGGUGCACUCUCGAGCAACGAAACCGAAUCCGUAGCUCGCGAGAGUUCCACCAUUGGUCGCUGCGCUGUGUCCGCUCUGUGGUCGAACUGAGCGACAAGCAGGGGGUUAAACUCAUCACUAACAUAGCCACGAUUAUGUACAAGCGGUGUGUCUGCAGAUUCCGUGACAUGUGUGAGUUCGACGACACGACGGCGCUGGGUUGUGUGGAGUUGUUCACGGACUGUAUAACGUACAUCCUGUGCCCCGACCACGCCUUCAAAACUCACAGUUUCCUGUCGACAAUCACGGGAAUAUCAGAAGAGCAAGAAUCCUCCUACAUAGCGGCGAUACUAGAGCGCGUCCACAUAGCUCUCUCUCAAGUAGAGGAGGAGAGCGCGGAAGAGGGAGACAGCGUGAACAAGAAACUAGUGUCAGCGUGUUGCCAGCUCGCCGCCGUGCUGUUAGAGACCCCAGUGGUUGCCUGCGAGAGAUACACUGCCGCAUUGUUAAAGCUAGAAGACUACGUCCGGACCAGUAAACAGGAUUGCCUGUCACUUAUUCCACCGCUACUGACGGCCGGGGCGAGGAUACAGCAGGAGGCGCCUUUGCUGGACGAGCUGCUGGACAAGCUGGCCAGCGCGUUGGGCAGGAUUGAUGAAGAAGACACGUCCGCCGGAGGCGAAGAGUCCCCCAACUUCCCGUCCAUCGACUGUCGCACCGGCCACACUGUGCUGACGCAUAUUUGCGUCCAUCUUAACCAGCUCGGCUCCAGCGCAGACCACCUGCUGCAGCGCGCCAGGGACCUGGACGCCGCACUACCGUUAGCCACCAGAGGACAGGCGCAGGCUAUAGAAAGAGAACUGCAAGAAGUAUACUCGGCAGUGAUCCUCCAGCUCUGCCAGCUGACAUCCUGGAGCCGCUCGGCGUGCACUCUACGGUGUACAGUCGGCGUCGGCAGCUCCCGCGUGUUGUCGUCUCUGGCGCGACUGUACACGCUGCUUGCCACGCUAGUGCGGCAGCUGACUGCUGUCACUCUCGACUCAAACAUACGAAGUGUGGAGCGCCUGCUAAAACUGUGCGGCAAAAAGCUGUCCUCUACAGUGGACAACCUGGUGAUAUUCCUCGAGGCGUCCAGCAAGAAGGCGCGCGACACCAAGCAAAUACCGAGGGUUGUGUUCGAGGCCGAGCGCUUCGGCCGCCAGGUGGCGCUGCUGUCCGCCAACACCAAGGUGAAUUUGAUGCAGUACCUCCCCAUGGGGACCGCCCGGGACUUCAGGAUACGGGCGCCGGUCGUGGAGGAGAUGCUUAAAGACAACCCGGAGAUAGACGACGCUGAAGACGAAGACGAGCCAGCAGAGGCGCUAUCUCCAGCCGCCAGCGACAACGAAGACAGUCAACGAAGACAGGACGCAGAACCACCCAGCAAAAGGAGGCGCUCUUAAUCCUCUCUCUGUAUUGAUCUUCUACAUAGGGUCAUUGCUCUAGU